GACGUCAUUAUAUUCUCAUUGUAGUUCGAGUCGUACCUGUUAAAGGAUAAUAAAGUUAAGUUAAGAAGGUUAACGGAUAAAUUAAAGGCGGAAGAAUGUCAGUAAAUUUGGAUGAUCUCUCAAAUGAUGAGAUUCGGAUUAGAUUACAGCAAUAUGGAUUUGCUAAUUUACCAGUCACUCAAACAACUAGGAAAGUGCUUGUAAAAAAGCUUAAAAAUGCUAUGGAGAAUGAAAAGGCAAAGAACCGACGUGAAACAAUAGCUGUUGUAAAAAGUAGCGAUGAUGAGGAUGUUCCAGAUCCAAAAAAGAGAGAAAGAACACCAAAUCGUCGUGCAACUAUAGCUGUAACUGAGAAAACGAAGAAAGUUCCAGCAUCAUCAUCAUCAGCUGAGUCUAUUCCUGAACUCCCAGCACCAAAAACAACAUCCCGUCGUUCUACAUCUCGCGCAACACCGGUAAAAGAUCCAAAGCCAGUUGUUUCGUCUACUGAAAAUGUCAUUAAUGAAUCUGAUGAUGACAUUGUUGAAGUAAAUACAUAUACAAGAAGGUCAAAGACACCGACAAUGUCCAAGAGUGAAACAGUCAGGACAUCAUAUAAGAAUCAAGUUGAAACAAUUGCUGAUCCAAUUCCUGAAAAGAAGCGAUUUGUUGAGGAAGUUAUCAUACAGCCUAAGAUUCCAAUUCAAACAGCAACUCGUCGCAAGACCGCAUAUACAUCUACAGUUACUGAACAAUUUGAAUUGCCUCCACGCAUUGAUACGCCUACAAAGUUUGGAAAGACAUCACUCACAACAUCCUACAAUCCAACAACCAAUUACAGAUUCGAGAAAGAAAAGGAAAAGGUACAGGACGACGAUUAUGAAUUUGAUGAGGAGGAAACUCCUUAUUUGUCUAAUUUCGCUAAGCGUUUAAGCACAUUAAAGGCAGAGCCACUUGAUGCAAGCAUUAAGCCUAAAAGCACUAGUGCAUACACUGAAUAUCGCAGCAGUAAUGAUAAUUACUCAUCAGUUCCAGCAACAAGCUAUAAAUACUCUCAGUACGGCAGCAGUUCUUCAUAUCAGCAAGCUGUAAAACGUACAGGAGUUGUCAAUCAAAUGACAAAGGACUUUAAUACAAUGGAUCGAAAAUAUAGUGUCCGAAAGUACGUCUACAUUACCUUAAUCAUCAUGUUAAUUAUUGCGAUUUACGUUCUUUUGUUUCUAUAAUUGAGUAACUUCUUGAAAUACUAAGGAAUAUGCCUUGCAUGCUAGAUUAAAUUCCAUGUUAACAAAUCACAUCAUGAUCAACAAGAUUUCUUCUCU